UCAGAAUUGUUUAAACAUUCAAACAACAGCUUGUAAACAGUAUAUUUCAAUUGUGAUCUGAUAAUAACAAUGAGUUCCGACGGAAUUGAGGACCAUUCAUCUGAAGAUACUGAAUACUUCAGCUUUGAGACAAAUAGUUCAUCAACUGAAGCUUUUGGAACCAAGGAUGAUACUACUGGGGACUAUGUAUCGGCUGAGUCCAAAAGUCGUUUUGAUAAUUCCACAGACUGUGAUGCAGAUCACUCCUCCAUUGAUGAUUCGCCUAGAAACUCCACUCAACUAGCAAGGUAUUUACUUAAAAAGAACGCUAGGAAUUUAAAGAAGAUUAGGCAUAUGUUUCAUAUUUUGCAUGAAAAUGGUACUUUGGCAACAGAACCAAAGUAUAAACCAUUUGAAAUCGCUAAUAAUAUAAUUGUUACAUGCCAAACAAAACUGCGACUAUUCACAGGUGAGUUUCAAAUAAAAGAGGAGCAAUUUUACGUUAAUACCAGUCGAAACACGGAGUAUAAAAAAGGUGGAAAAAUUGCCUCCAUUAACCCCAACAAGUUUCAGUUUUUGCAUUCAGUAAAAUACAACAAGUGUAUUGUGGUUGAAAGAAUUAAUUCGAAUCAGGUCGUGAACGUUUGUAAUAUUGAAAAUGAGACGGUUCAGUUUAUAUGCUUGGGUGAAGAAUACGAAGAUAUGUGGGAAUAUUGGCGCAUUAUGAAUAGUUUGAGUGCCACAACUGUAGAUGAAUUCUGCUCAAAAGUCAACAAAUGCAUUACUACGAAACAAGAUAUGGAAAUUAUAGAUAAUAGAGAACUAAUGUACUCUUACAUAACACAAAAUCUUGUUUCAUCUGAACAUAUAGCCACAUUUGAUUUGGAGUAUAAAAAACCUGCCUUUAAAUUUUUUUUUGACUUUGCUUUAAAGUUAAACACCCGAGUAUAUGAAUUGCUAACGCUAAGGCAUCAAUUAAAUUGUCGUAAGUCUCGUAAAGCUACCACUUGUUCUACAUCUCGUAUACAGAGUACCAUAGCGAAUAACAACGCAAGCUCAAGUUUUGUGUCAGUGAAUACCAAAUAUACUGAAUCCCUAAUAAGAAUAAAUGUAAAGAGUGAAAAUCAAAUAUCAACUAAAGGUUCUCAGCAAAAAAUCCAGACCAAUGAUACUCGUCAACAGCAGAACAACGUUAGUGGUAAAACAACUGUUGAAAACCAAAUGUCAGGAACCAGAAAGAAGAAUAAUGCUGAAGAAGCAAACCUGGAUAAAAAAUAUAUUUUAAGUGAGCAAUUAAUUUUGCCUCAAGUUGUUAUAAGAUUUGGAACACCCAAUGUUUUAAGACUUGUAAAUUCUGCUUAUAGCGUGGAAAAAGCAAAAAAACUUUCAGAAAUAUUUAACUCCGAAUGGUAUAAACACUUUGUUUCCCAAGUUUAUGACCCAUAUAGCUAUAAUCUCCAAGAGCCUUCUAUGGCAGCUUGUUCUAAGACUUCCCAAUCAGGUACAUGCUCUGAUGCUUCUAAAGAGCCUAAAACUAAAAAUGCUGAGGUACAAACUCCUCCAAUAAAAAAGAAAGUGAAUAUUAGAUGUGACGUUUGUACAGAAACAGAGGACAUCAUUAGCGGAAAUCGCUACGUUCGACCAACAACUGUGUUCAAAUACAAUAAUAGCUUCUUCUGUGACGGUACAGAGGGGGAAGAUUUUAAACAAGAUAUAUAUAAGAUGCCUGAAUAUAAAUUAUUUGGCGACGAUUGGCAAUACCAGUCUCCAAUAUUUUCCAGUAAUUAUAGAGCACCACCGCCACAGAAGAAAACAGAAAAGGAGCCGGGAAAGAUGGAAACAUUGUGGGUUCGCCAACGAAAAUGUGAUCCAGAAAAACAAAAUCAGAACAAAGAAAUACGUAAGUCUUAUUCGCUUGAUCAUUGUAAAAGCGGCCCCAGACCAGCAGAGGCACCAAUGUUUCAUAUGGGCAGUAAUAACGUAACUACUGCUGUUAACUUUGCAUCAAAUUAUCUGUCUGAAGGAAAUGAAUUACGACUUAAUUGCUCUGAAUAUCAACAGUUGGAUUCACACCUUCAUCCACAGAGUUACUUUGAAAAAAUUGCGAAUGGUUAUGAACAUCUUGGCGGCCAACAAGGUUCAUCAGCAGAAGACAUACGUUUAUCCAUAAAUUCUUUUCAGAAACCACAGCACAGUCAAGAACACAUGACAGUCAAUUAUGAAAAUAUCAUCUCUGCCGAAGACAUUUUAAAUAAUGCUAUUAUCCGUUCCAGUCAUUUUUUACGUUCAAACUGUAUGGAGACAGGAAUUGGGAAACUUUCGGCCCAUGACAGAGCAACUGAAUCUCGCUGUCAUUCGCAGACAACUUCCAGCGUUUGUGAAGUACCAUAUAUUAUAAUAAAUCCCAAUAACCUGAGACGUGAAAUUGAGCAGUUUGUAGUAAACGAUCCCAGCAUAAGCGCUGUGAAACAAUUCUUUAAUGUCGGUAUGCAGUAUCCAAUGCAUCUUAUGUAUUUACCAGCAAAUCUGGAGCUAUUGGCUAGAGCUGAUAUAAACACUGACAAUGUACUAUUAAAUGAAAAUCACAUGAGUUCUGGCAAUGCUUCAGAACAGCUGGCGUUAAUACCACAUCCUUGGCUUUUGACACUGAUUCAUCCCAAUUGCGCAGCUCUUGGCUUCUGGCGCAGUUUGUGGCCACCAUUCUAUUUCAAUCUAAUAGCAAAGCGAAGGCUUAAGACAGCAUUUACCUUUAAUCCGGGAAAUCCAUAUAAGUAACGUUAUUUUCACAAUAAGAACUAAAUUAUCUGUUUUUUUUAUGAGUAAUGAAUAAC